AACUGAGUAAUUAGUGACAGUAGUGCGGGGGCUAGGAGCGCGUUGCUAUAGCGCACACAGAAGGUACAGAGCUGUGGACCUGCUGAAUGCUUCAUCACCACAACCAUCACCCUUCCAGUUGCGAUUCGAUACGUCUGGCAAAUACUUAAUACCCUUGAACGCACGCAGACAUGGUCACCGAUGGAGCUGACAGCACUCAAACUCUCAGCCAAAAAAACAGCCUCAGCUGAUGCUCAAUGUGGCAUAAAAAUAUAUCAGCUUGUUGGGCUGAAGAACUUUUUAAAGGAACUCCAGCUUCCGAAGUUGAAGCUAUGUCUAGCGCGCUUUAGCAGAUGAGUAUUUGCUUCAUCUCAUAUGGUGAUCGAUCACUUAUCUACUGGAAAAGGAACUAUUCUGUGGCUACUCCCCAAAAUUUCGCAGAUAUAUUUAUAUAUAUACAUUUUUUGAGACUGCUUGUCUGAUGGAAGGCUGAAAGUAGAUGAAAAGGGGGAGCAAUGGCUUCUACAUUCACCGGACCUGACCACCAUCGUGAAACCCUAGAUAUAUUUGAAAGUCACUUUCGGAAGUCCCUGACUGCUACUAUUGAGGAAAGAUCUUGAGAGGUCUCCAUCAAUGUUUGAUCAGACUACUAGGAUGGACGAUGGGCUUAAUGACGAGAGACCGCAUUUAGUUGGUUCAGCCGGCCCGCCUUGCCUAGACCGCGGGUCAACAGACAGAAGCACAGCAACUGGACAAGACAGCAUACAAGGCGUUCAAGGCUUUAAAGACAGCCCUGGCACUUCGGGCACGAUGCCUACUUCCUCUAAGGACGAAGAGCCCAAAAAGACAGCGGCGGUUGAGGCUGAUUAUUGUCGACGUAUCUUGGUUCGAGAUGCCAAAGGGACUAUUCGUGAAAUUGUGCUGCCAAAGGGCUUGGAUUUAGACCGACCUAAACGUACACGAACUUCUUUCACAGCUGAGCAGCUAUACAGACUGGAACUCGAGUUCCAGAGGUGCCAGUAUGUAGUAGGUAGAGAAAGGACUGAGUUAGCACGACAGCUGAACCUGUCUGAAACACAGGUAAAAGUGUGGUUUCAAAACAGGCGCACAAAACAGAAAAAAGAUCAAAGCAAGGACUGUGAAAAACGUUGUUCUUCAACCUCAGAAUCUUUUGCAACUUGUAAUAUUUUGCGACUUUUGGAACAAGGUAGACUGUUGUCAGUUCCUGGACCUCCUAGUUUGCUUUCAUCAGGCCCCAAUGCCAUAGGAGCACCCACAGGGAAUGGAUCCACAGUGGGGAGCUCUGGAAGCCCAUCUCCUGCAAUUGGCAGUACUUCACCUGGGACCGGAGGUUUCAGUCUCCCAGUUUCUGCCCUUGCUGCAACAACUGCACCUAGAUUACCCACCCCACUCUGCUUCUCUGGCCCUGUAUUGGGAAAUCUUCAUGAUCUACCCUCUGGUUAUGGACUUGGCACAUCAGCAUUUGAGCCUUACAUGCGACUGGAAAGGAAAGACAGCAUUCCCAGCAAGAAGGCAAGCUCAUAGAACCAUGCUGCAAAAUGGAAGUGCCCUAUCAUUGAGGGAUACCACAAAUGAUUUUCUGAUGGAUUUAAAGUGAACUGCUGGACACAGGUGCACAGAUGUUAUUUAAAGAAGCUUCCUAAUGAAAAUAUGUCAAAAUGGCUCCAGCAUAAUUCGUCUCUGGUUCAAGUUGCUGUGUUGCUAUUGCUGUACGUUCAGCAGCUUACCUCAUGAAUCUAAUGUGCCUGUUCCUGCAAUAAAAUAUUUGGGGAGCUGGCAUGCUGGUUGUGAUUAAAGUGCUGAUACAUAAAGUUCAAGAUGCAUAGCUGUAAACCUGUGAUGUGAUGAGGCUGAAUAAAUUCAUGUCAAAGCCCUAA